AUGAUCGCCGAUCCAACGAAUCGACUCGAAAAACUAGCAAAUAGAUUCGACAAAAUAUUCGGAGUCGAAGCCCGAGGUAUUCAACAUGUCCCAGAAUCCAUGCGUACCGGAAAACCCACUGUCCGUGAUUACGUUCGGAUGUGGUCUAUAUGGUUCUCCGCCAAUUGUACCGCAGUUCAGUUUACCGCUGGAAUUCUAGGGCCUGUUACUUAUGGUCUAGGUUUUACGGAUGCUAUGUUAUUAUGCACCUUCGGAACGAUCUUUGGUUCUGUAUGUAGCGCCUAUACAUCUACGUUCGGUGCAUUAUCCGGCAAUCGAACGUUGGUGGUGGCUCGUUUUACAAUGGGGUAUUGGCCCGCUAAAUUAGCAGCGCUAUUCAACAUCGUGAUCAAUCUGGGUUAUGGUCUGAUCGACUGUAUCGUUAGUGGACAGCUUCUAUCAGCCGUUAGCGGAGGAACAAUGUCUCCUAUCGUCGGUAUUGUUGUCACUGCCCUAAUAACAUUGGGCGUGAGCAUCUUCGGUACUAAAGUACUCCACUUCUAUCAGGGGUAUGCCUGGAUACCUCAAGUAGCUGUACUUUUCAUCCUAAUUGGAUGCGCAAGCCCUAAAUUUGAUACCGUUACACCAAGUCAGGGAACCGGUGCUACAGUAGCUGGUGAUCGAAUAAGUUACUUCUUCCUAACCGCCUCGGUUCCUCUCGGAUGGGCUUCUAUGUCGGCGGACUAUUAUGUCUAUUUCCCAAAAUCAUCCAACAGGUUUAUAAUAGCCUUAAUGACAUUUCUAGGACUCACCCUUGGAAAGCUUAUGAUAGAAUUCUUGGGAAUUGGUCUGGCUUGCGGACUUGAUAACAAUGCCAGCUGGGCUGCAGCAUUCGAUGUUUCUAUGGGCGCUCUUCUCGCAGAAGCUUUCUUGCCCCUUGGAUCCUUUGGAAACUUCUGUUGUGUCAUCCUUGCCCUUGGUAUUUGUGCGAACAUAGCUCCUUCAACCUACUCAACAGGCCUUUCAUUCCAGCUUCUUGCCCGAAAAGCUGAGAAAAUCCCUCGAUUAUUCUGGUGCACCUUCGCGGUGAUUAUCUAUACGGUCUGUGCUAUUGCGGGGUACAAAUAUCUGUUACCAAUUUUUAGCAAUUUUCUGACUAUUAUUGGAUAUUGGAUCGCUAUAUAUGUGGUCAUCACACUGCAGGAACAUAUCAUAUUCCGUCGCAAGAGUGGCUGGAAAUGGGAUCAGUGGGAUAAUAAGAAGUAUCUUCCACUAGGAAUCGCUGCCUUUUCUGCAUUCUGCAUUGGUUGGGUUGGUGUGGUUCUCGGUAUGGAUCAGACCUAUUUUGUAGGUCCUAUCGCGAAGCUCGUUGGCGAAAAUGGCGCUGAUUUGGGUAUACCAUGCGGGGCAUUUUUCACGGCCGUGACAUUUCCCCUUUUUCGAUACCUGGAAUUGAGAUAUAUCAAGCGUUAA